AUGUCCGAAAACGAGGAGUACGACACCGACUCCGUGCUAUCGGACCACGCGGAGCGCAUCGCGUCGCCGCCGUUCGACCCGGCCACGACACCGCCGCCUCCACCUCUUUCCUGCGACCGUGACACCGACUCCCAGUCCACCAUCCUCCGCGACCCGUCGUACGAAUGCAAGGUGAGCAGUGGAUCGAACGGACAACCAAGACAGGAGGAGGAGCCGCCAGCUCGAGAUGACGAGCCCGACACCAGGGGGCUGACAACAGCGAGGCUGGCACGGUUAAGCGUCGCGGGAUCCCCGGCAGUCGGGUACAGCACGGCCUGCUACCUAGUGACCGCUUGGCUGGAGAGCGUGGCGACGCCGGCAUUCGCUGAGGGAUUUGAGGAGAGAUGCGUCCAGGAGAGUCGUGCCUGGGUACCACACCCGGCACCGUCUACAGACGACUCGUCAGUUGGAGAGGAUGACCGCUUCGCGACUGGAGGCCCACCCGUGCCCCUCCAGUGCUCGCUAGCGGAGGCCAACGACGCUUGGGCAAGUUACGUAAAAGCUGCCUCACAUCCAGCGAUAGAGGAUUUCACCAAUGAGGCACAAAGGGUAAGCAUUUACCUGACGGGUAGAGCUGAAGACAUGCGGAAAGCCUUGGUGGAAUACUACAACAAGACGGAAAACAAUCCAGAACUCAAAGAACUCUGGUCCGAACAAGAAGCUUGGCGAAGAGAUUCAAGCCAAGGUAGAAAGACAUUCCCGAAGGCACAAAGACCUAGCGAGCCCGACUACGCUAAAGUCGCGAAGCAGGUCAGAGAAUGGUCUUUUAGAUUCGAGGGCACAGAGAAACCUCUUGAAUUCUUGGAACAGAUGGAAUGGUCCGCGAGUACCUACGGGUUGGACUUCAACAUGGUACCUCGAGCAAUGCCAGAACUACUACAAGGCAGAGCAUUAAAGUGGUUUAUCUCGAACAAUCAGCACUGGAAAACAUGGGGAGACUUUAUUGAGAGUUUCCAAACGUUCUUCCUGCCCAGAGGAUAUUUGGCGAAACUUGAGGACCAAGUCAAAGCUCGGAAGCAGGGAUUCAGAGAGCCGUUCAAGGAUUACAUGGUGGACAUGCAGACCAUGAUAAGGCCACUCGGGUUCAGUCCGGGGAAAGUACUCGAGGUCAUAAGGGAGAACAGCACACCUGACCUACGAAUUUCCCUCCGAACGUACAAGAUCGACGACCUGGAAGCCCUCAUGAUCCUUGCCACAGAAUACGAAGAGCUCGAAAAAGAGCGGGAAAUGUUCUCCCAGAAAAAUAAGUUCAGCAGGACAAAGACGACAGUCCCGUCUCAGGCAGCAGACCAAUACUCUAUGGAGACCAGCAAACACUACCCAGAGACCACAAAGCGCGACAGCAGGAAGCAUAACCAACCCACAGGAGGCGUGUCGCAAAUGUGGCGGACACGAGCAUUGGACAAGAGGUUGCCGAAACCAGCGUAUGCUAUUCUGCUGGAUAUGCGGAAAGGUGAGUGUGAGAUGCAUGGAAUGCUGCCAGAGAGCGGAAAAUGGCCAGCGAUCCCAGCCGCAGAGAGGCGAGCGGGGGUCGCACGCGGAUACCUCUCCAAUCUAACUGGCAGGCUAAUCGAAGAGGAGCAGCAGUUGUCCGCAGCGGUGACGAUUGGUGGGAACUCGUACAAAGCCACAAUCGACACCGGGGCAACAGCGAGCUUUAUUAGCGAAGAGCUGGCGGACAAUCUGGCUGCUCUGGGAAAGAUUACACGGACGAGACGGCAAGUUAGGUUGGCAGACGGAAGGUGCAGCGGAAUAAGCGCGCAGCUCGAGGUAGAGAUCGCAUUCGGCAACAAACGACUGACCAUGAGCCUACUGAUAUUACCAGGAGUAGUAGACGCACUGGUGCUAUGCUGGAAUUUUCUCACACAGGUUGGGGCUGAGAUAAAUUGCACAGGUCACGAAAUCCGUAUACCGGCCAGGAACAGACACAACGGAUGGCUGAAGGAAAAAUUGUCGGUAGCAGUUGUUCAUGAAGACCGCGAGGAAGGAAACAUCGAGCAAUUCCCAGAAGCAGAGCUGACAGAAUUCCGAACAAUGAGCGGAACUUCGAAUGUGGCCGAGCACCAGAUUACCAUGAAGAACGACAAACCUAUAAAACAAAGAUACUGCCCUAAGAACCCCAAAGUUCAAGGUGAGAUCAAUACAAAGGUGGACGAACUUCUGGAAAUGGGUUUCAUAGAACACUCGAAGAGCCCGUAUAGCUCGCCCAUAGUAAUGGUGAAGAAAAAAACCGGCAAGUGCAGAUUGUGCGUCGACUUCCGACAUAUAAUCGGGAAAUCGGUGAAGGACGCGUACCCAAUGCCACGUAUCAACUACAUCCUGGACCAACUACGAGAAGCACGCUAUAUGAGCAGCCUGGACUUAAAGGAUGGAUACUGGCAGAUUCCGCUAGAGGAAGCAAGUGAAAAGUUCACGGCGUUCACGGUGCCAGGAAAGGGUCUCUUCCAAUGGAGAGUGAUUGGAUUACACUCGGCAUCAGCAACAUUUCAAAGGGCCUUGGACCAAGUGAUUGGACCCGAGAUGUCUCCAAACGCGUUCACGUAUCAGGACGACAUAAUCGUUAUCGGACGCACUCAGCGAGAACACAAGGACAAUCUCAGAGAAGUGUUUCGCCGUCUGAAGGAGGCAAACCUGAGAAUAAACCCCGAGAAGUGUCAGAUCGUCAAACAGGAGCUGCUUUACCUGGGACAUCGAGUCACAAGCCAAGGAAUUGGUACAGACCCAGACAAGGUCGCUGCCAUAGCCCAGCUAGAACCACCUGCAACCGUCCUAGAGCUAAGGCAGUACCUAGGGGUGGCAUCGUGGUACCGACGAUUUGUACCGGACUUCGCACGCAUCGUUAAGCCGCUCAACGACCAACUCCGCAAGGGCGUAAAAUGGGUAUGGACGCAAGACCAUCAACAGGCAUUCGAGGAGGUGGAGGCGAGGCUGAACACGGAAGACGGCGAGAAAGUUAUCUCAUACUCCAGCCGAACGUUAAACGGAGCCGAGAAAAACUAUUCGAGAACGGAGAAAGAGUGCUUGGCCAUUGUCUGGGCAAUUAGAAAACUAAGGCCCUACCUGGAAGGCUACCACUUCAAGGUGGUAACGGAUCACAUGGCACUGAAAUGGCUGAACAGCCCGUCCGGAAGAAUCGCCAGGUGGGCCCUUGAGUUGCAACAAUACGACUUUGAGGUUGCGUACAGAAAGGGCCAAUUAAACGUGGUAGCCGACGCGUUGUCCAGACAGCCGAUGCCGGAAACCCUCCGGAGAACGAAAGAGUUGGUGCCAAAUUCGGAAUGUAACUGGAUCAGGGACAUGCGCGAGAAGUAA